AUGCACUACGUCCGCUGCCUACGCCGGCCAAAGGUGACCCCCUCCCGCGCCACAUACACCAUCGAACUCCUCUUCAUCAUCUCCACAGACCUGGGCGACUCUCUCCUCUUCCCCGACGAGCCCAUCGACCUGAGCGUGACGGCGUACACCGGCCCCGAAGACGCAAAGGGCACGCCCCUAGCAUCCAAGGGCCAGGUAUCGUGGAAGACGGGCCAGCGCGUGGUGAAGCAGGACUUCGGCACCCCGCCCACCGUGACGAGAGCCCUGUCGGCGGGGAAGACGGUGCAGCUCCGCAUAGGCGGCCCCGGCAGCUCCUCCGCCGACAGCGCGCACGCGGUGGCGGGCUGCACGGCCGAAGAUGACGGCCUCAUCAUGCCGCUCUGGGUGGCGGUGCACCAUCCGUCGCAUCAGCACGAGGAGCACGUGUCCACGAGGAAACUACGGCUGCCACGGGGGACGACACUCGAGAUUGCGGAGGACAUAGGCGAGCCGAAGAGUCUGGCGCGUCACGUCUGGGACGGGGGUCUGGCGGCCGUGUGCGGCCUCGCCGAGGGCGGGGACGUCAGUGGCGGCCCGUGUCUACGGCUCGUCAGGGAGAUGAUUGCCCGCGGGGGGAACAUUCUCGAGCUGGGAUGCGGCGUGGGCGUGCUCGGCCUGGGGACGGCGCUCGUGGCCGACGCAAUGCGGGGCACGUUGACGACCGCCCGCACAUCCGUCGUCAUGACGGACCUGGAGGAUGCGGAGGAACAGGUCCGGUCCAACAUGGGGCGCGUCCUGCCUCGUCUCAGCCGGCAUGAUGAGGAGGGUGAGAUCGGGGGCAUCGAGCUCGUGUAUGAGAACCUCGACUGGGAGGACGGCAGCCGGGGACGGUUCGGACCGGCCGUCGCGUCGAGAUCGUGGGAUCUGAUCAUGCUCAGCGACUGCACGUACAAUGUCGACGUCCUGCCCGCGCUGGUGGGCACGCUGGAGGCACUGCACGCGGCCAACGUGGCGCGCGGGCUGAAUGGCGGGACAAGGGUCUUCAUCGCUACCAAGCCCCGUCACGAGUCCGAGACCGAGGCCUUUGAUCUGCUGAAUACCAAAGGCUGGUCCAGGUUGACGGAACAGACGAUUCCGUUGCCUGUCAUGGGCGAGGAGCCACAGAGGGUGGAGCUGUAUCUGUACGAGAGGAGAUGA